GUUCUCCAGCCCCAUGAAGAGGAGACAUCAGCUCAUCUCGGAUGCGUUCAAGGCUAAGAAGCAACGGUUGGCUGUAGGUCCAGAAACAGUGGAAAAGGAGGGCCCUGAAGCCGUCGAAUCUGCGCUCCAGUGCUUGGCAUCUCUGUUCCCUCGCAAAUUGUUUGAGGAUGCGCUGCCACCCUUAGUCCUGAGACACCAGAUCUACAGCCUCGUCAGAGACCGCACAACUGUAGACAGAUGUCUGAGCCAAAUGAAAGAUGAAGGACGGAUCCGGAUGUUCCAGCAGGGCUUUGAUGUGGACAAUCUGGUUGUUACGUUCACGGACAGCUAUAAGUCUAAGGUGCUGGAGUUUGUGUCUGGGAAAGAGUUUGCCUGUACAGUGAGGAAGUUCUUGGACUCUGUCCUCACCUCCUGCUCCGAUAUCAGUUUUGAUAAGAAACGGAUGCUGGGAGAAUUUGGCUUCAGUGACGCAGAGAUCACGCAGUUGGUAAAUGCAGGAGUCCUGACCGUCCGUGAUGCUGGGAGUUGGUGGCUGGCGGUGCCUGGAGCAGGCCGCUUCGUCAAAUGCUUCAUCAGAGGCAGGAAAGCCGUGCUGGGCAUGAUCCAGAAGGCCAAGUACAAGGAAGUUUUGCAGUCGGAUUUGCAGACCCGCCGAGCGCCAAGCAAUGUCAAACUGGGGCUCCCCUACCAUGUGCACGACAUCAUUGGAGCUCAGUUGGUCGACUGCGUACCCACAUCCUCCGGCACCCUUCUCCGACUGUCUGAAGAUUAAGCGUGUG